AUGCCAAAUAUUCCGGUUCUCUGGAUGCAACAGAAACACCUGGGCCAUUAUCUCUCACCACUUUCCCUUUUUCCAUUUCCUUAUUUUCCUUUUUACGUUACUGUUGUUGUUUUAUUUUUACUUCCAGUUCAGCUCCAGCUCAGUGCGGAAGACGUGGGCGAGGUCUAUAUAAAGAGCACGGCGUCGGGGCAGUACCUGGCAAUGGACCCCAACGGGCUCCUGUACGGCUCGCUACCAGGCGAGGAGUGCCUGUUCCUUGAGAGGCUCGAGGAGAACCAUUACAACACAUACAUCUCCAAAAAGCACGCAGACAAGAACUGGUUCGUCGGGCUGAAGAAAAACGGGAACAGCAAGCUGGGGCCGCGGACUCACUAUGGGCAGAAGGCGAUCCUCUUCCUCCCACUGCCAGUGUCGGCCGACUGAUUCCCAUCCCACAGCUCACAGACACCCCGCCCCGGCGCCGGCCGCCCACCCCUGCUGCCCCUUCCUGGUGUUCCAAUGAAGAGCCAAGCGUUAGAGCCCCGAGCCGUAGGUAAAGGCUUGAACCAAACCAGACCCCAGCUGCUCAGCCCUGCAUGACCCUUCGCAGUGAUGACGAGGAGCAUCGAGGACAGCCGUGCACCGUGGAUGCGUGGCUUCCAGCCCAGCUGCAGCUGGAACCCAGCACCCCCAGUGCUCUGUGUUACCCCAUUUAUCCAUCCACGUACGUCGCUGCCACAACACCUUCGAGCAACUUCAAACUGCAUCGCUGUUCGUGUUACUGAGCAAAAAGCUUGCAGAUAACUUCACCAUACUAAGCCAAGCUAAUGCCAGCCAGAAGCUCCAAGUCCUCAGCAUCUUAACCUUCCUUAGAAUAUUGCUGUACCUCAUGCUAAUAUCUGCCACGUCAUUUGUAUUUAUUUAUUAAGUAAAUCUGUCCUUUCCACAAUCCCUUUGUAAGUGCACGUGGGCACUAAAUGCCCUGACGCUGUCCUGGAGAUGCUGGAGCAGAGCAGGAGCAGCAGGAGUGCUGCAGAUCAUGUGGCUGAGGGAGAUUCCUCCUGGGUGACAGCUGGGCUGGGGACACAAAGGCAGAGCUGCAUGGCUCCUGAAUGCUCUUUUCAGUGCUUCCUUCCCUACAGCCCCUCCUGCUAGGCCUGGCUUCCCGUAUUGGACAGCAAAGGGAAAAAGGCAGUUUGGUCCAUAGAGUAACAUAACAGUGAUAAACAUUCCAUUUUCAAAUAACAAUUCUAGGUCAGUGGUGAAAAGCUCCUCUUCUGAUUAGAAAAGAUGGAUAAUUGCAUUUAUUUUACCUUUAUUUUUGUAUAAUAAAUCUUUGGAAACUGCA